AUGCAUUGUGAAGGCGAGGAGGCACCCGGUCUUUGCACCGGGCUCCAGGUCUCCUCCUGCCUCUUCCCCGCAGACACGAAUGUGCAACAGGGUUCAGCACCCAUGAAACCCCAGCUGCCCAUUCGCCCUCUUCCUCUGCUCCGAGGCCUCAAGUUGUUCCAGCGCUGUGAUUCAAGAAACUCAAUGUGUGAACAAACAGCGUUUAAAAAAUGUGUUGCGGGAAGGGAGCUUGACCUUUCGCCGGCCUCCCUGCAAGAUGAAAAGCGUCAUCCGAAGCAGCACGUGAUCGAUAAAGCCAUGAACCCGGUGGCGCUGCUUGGCCCAUCAAAUUCUGUUGUCUUAAACGCUGAAAUGGAGGCACAGUCGUGA